AUGACUACUCUCCACUAUCUACCUCCGGUGAAGCCGUCGGCCAUCGUACUUGGUACCUUCUUCACCCAUACCGCUUCUUUGGGUAUACUUGCACCGGUGUUUGGGGACACCUACCACCGGGCGCAAGCCGCCAAUUCUAAAGAGGAAUUCUUCAAAUCGAAGGAGGCUGCUGGUGCCGCAGCUGCCUGGGGUAGUUCCCUGGCUGGAAGUGCCGUGCAGACUUACGGGGUGGCAGCUUUGAUCAAUGCCACUGGGACCUUGAGUUACAAGGGUGCCGCGUAUCUGGGUGGAUUGGUUUUCAUGGCAAGCGCUGCUCCUGGUUUCAUCAGCCAGGUAUUUGCGGAGAAGAGACCCUUGGAUACGGUUGCCGUGGGAGCUGUGAGUAGAGUGUUUGAAACAGUUGGCCUGAGUUUGUUCUUGACAUGGUGGGGCACGCGCACAAAUCCAUUUGAUUAA